CCCUCCCCUUUAAGGGCGGCGUCGCCCGGAAGUGCGGCCGCUGCGGGUGUCGGGGACGCGCGGGGGCAACAUGUCGCUCGAGUCCGGGGUCACAGCAUCGAAAGAGCUGCUGGAGCUGUUCUCCAAGUCGAAGGAUGGCUCCAUUCGGAUGAUCCAAGUCCUCGUACAGGAAGGGUACCUGGUCCCCCACUCCUCUCACCCCCCGCGGGGCUCCUGGGAGGAGGACUACGAGGGGCUGCUGCUCCCCGCCCUGCGACACGGCCCCUGUUACAUCCUCUACCGGCUGGACAGCAGGAACGCCCAGGGGCCGGAGUGGGUGCUCAUCGCCUGGACCCCCGAGAGCUCAACGCUCCGACACAAGAUGCUGUACGCCUCCAGCCGGGCGGCCGUGAAGAAGGAGUUCGGUGGGGGCCACAUCAAGGAGGAGAUCCACGCCACCAUGCCGGACGAGGUGUCCCUCGAGGGUUACCGGAGGCACCUGGCUUCGAAAGCAGCGCCAGCACCACUCACGGUGGCUGAGCAGGAGCUGCAGCAGAUGAAGAUCAGUGAGAUAAACACGGACAUUAACGUUGACUCCAAGCGCCCCACCCUGCAGGGGGUGGCCUUCCCCAUCGAGGACGAUGCCCUCGCAGCCCUGCAGCGCCUGAAGGAGAAGAGGUUCCCCUAUGUUCAGCUGAGGCUGGACACGGAACGGGAGGUGAUCACCCUGGUCGAUGAGCGGCCGAUCGAGGUGGCGGAUCUGCCCGCGCAGGUGCCCGCUGAUUCUCCCCGCUGGCAUUUCUUCCUCUACAAGCACUCCCACGAGGGCGAGACUCUGGAGUCACUGAUCUUCAUUUACUCGAUGCCUGGCAGUAACUGUACCAUCAAGGAGAGGAUGCUGUAUUCCAGUUGCAAGGGCCCAUUUAUCACAAGUGUCGAACAACAGCUGGGUCUGGACAUUGCAAAGAAGGUGGAGAUCGACCAGGGCUCGGAGCUGACCCCCGACUUCCUCUACGGCGAGCUGCACCCCCCUCAGCACGCCCCGCGGCCCACCUUCGACAAGCCCCCGGGCCCCGCCCGGUCCCGGGGAGGACCCCGACGCAUCGUCCGGCCCACCACCGACUGAGACCCGCCGGGCAGCUGGGGGCAGGGUGGGGGGCAGCCU